UAGGAGGGGAAUGAAAUAGUGAUUUCACAGCUACACAGGUCAACAGUGAUAAUUUUCUUCUUUGCAAUAAGUUCAUAAGGCAGCAACAGAUAAAAGGAGAGAGAAGAAAAAUGGAGGUCCAGCUCCACAAACUUGUGAACAAGAGAGAAGUAUGUGGUGUGGAGUGCUUUGUUGUGGGAUUUGAGAUGUCCAAAAAGAAAUCCAAGAAGUCUGAGCAAAAGGAGGGAAGUUCGGAUGGCUUGGAUAACAAACCUUCUUGUUCUAAGACUACCAGUAAUAAAACAAAGGCAUCCAGCUUGGCAAGCUCAACACCUUCCUCAGAGAAAACAAAAUGGAAAUCAGAAGAGACCGGAAUCUGUAACAUAAAAAGACAGCUAGAAUUUCAAAGAUUCAAAGUACAUAAAGAUGUUCAAGAGAAGAAACAAAAGCAAAGUUUCUAUGUUCCACAAGGCACUAUUGAAGGGUUCCAAGGAGAGUCUUCAAAUGAUACCAAAACAAUCAGUGCUGUUUUGAUUGAAACUGAGAAGCGAAAAAGGAUAUCUAUACAGUUUAAACAUAAUUAUGUUAAACAUGGAAGAGAGAAAAGCCAAAAUGAUUCUGGUGUGGUUCCUACUAGCAGGGAAAUCUGUAAAACAGACAACUAUUUUGACAAUGUUGGAACAGGAGGGAAAAUGGUGCGGCAUAGUUUUGCAAUCCAGAAGGACAAGCUGAGGAAGAAGAAGAAAGACAAAACUGAGCUCAGUAAACUGAAGGCUAGAGUUGAACAAACUAUGUUGGAGACGUUCAAGGUAGCUACCUUUCCUACAGACUUGCUAAGUAAGAAGUUGCAUGAAUCAAAAAAAUUGAGUGAUGAUUUCAGAAUUCUGAAAAAGCCCUCAGACACCUUUCCAAAGACUGCAGGACAUGGCAAUUUCCCCACUAAUAUAUCACACACAUCAUUGAAGACUUGUAAGAAUAAAGAACACCUAGAAAACUCUAAAGAACUAUCUAACGAAAAUCACCAUGAUACUAAACAUGUACCAUUAUUUUAUUCAACUGCAACAUCUAAGGGAUGGCAGUAUCUUAAAGAGAAAAAACAGCAUCCUGAUUCCAGCAAAACUUUUAGCUCAAGAACUGAAGGAAGGACCUUUGAAGCCAUACAGUUACAUUUAAGACAGAGCUCUGAAGUCCCAUGCCCUUCUGCCUCCCAUCAAGCCAUUCACAUUACAGAGACAGACCAAGAGAUGCAAAUAAUAGAGGAAUUGCAUGCUGCUCGUAUUGACAAAAAGAUAGCUUUGCCAGUCGUGCAGACUUGUGGAGAAUUGACAAGUAUGGAAAUAGAUCUUCCAGAAGAGAAUGCAGAUAUUCCGGCUGCAAGUGCUACUUCUGGUUUGAACCUCUUGAUAGUGAUUGACACCAACAUAAUGAUUGGUCACCUUCAGUUUAUCAUGACUUUGAAAACUAGAGAUAUACCAGUGUGGCAUUCAUUGUGUGGCAAACAGCAUGACAGGAUUACCACAACAAUUAUGCCAAAAUAUGGCAUUGGCAGACUUGCACUGAUAAUUCCCUGGGUGGUUCUACAAGAACUGGACAACUUGAAGAAAGGCAAAGUACUACAACAUGUUCGGCACAAAGCUGUCCCUGCAGUUGAGUUCAUCUACACUUGUCUCAAAAACCAAGAUUCAAAGCUGUGGGGGCAAUCCAUGCAGCUUGCCUCUCAGAAAAUAUAUGGAUUGAGUGAUGAAAACAAUGAUGACCGUGUUUUACAAUGCUGCUUGCAGUAUCAGAGUCUUUUCCCUCAAGCUUUUGUCAUACUGUGCACGAAUGAUAAAAAUUUAUGCAGCAAAGCCCUAGUGAGUGAUGUAAAGGCCCUAUGCAAAGCAGAUUUGGUUAAUGCACUCCAGAACCUGAAUGUCAACAGCCAUCAGAACUGUGUUGGCCUACAACAAUCAAAAACAGAUACUGGGUCCCAGAAAACCAAGAGGGAAGAUCCCAGCCUUACUACUCCACUCCUAAGCAUUGUUCCUGACCUUGAAAAAAGUUUAGGAGAAGCUUUAUCCUCGAUAUUGGAAACUGAAAUGAAAAUUGCUUUUGGAAACUUGUGGAUGGAGGUACUGUAUCUGAAGCCCCCAUGGACCCUAGCAAGCUUAUUGCAGUGCUUUAAAAAACACUGGAUGGCUGUAUUUGGCUCUAUUGUGCCAAGAAACUUACUUGCAACCGUUGAAUACCUGCAUGAACAUCUUUGUAAAGGUAAGACAGUUGACCACAUAACAGCAAACAUCGUGCUCCAGGAAUCUAAAAAGCUAUUGCAUGCUUUCAGCUCAAGGUCAGACUAUGAUGGUGUACUUCCGCAAGCUUUUGCUUAUGUGACUAAACUGCUCCAGAUGCUUGCAGAGGUUUCGUCAGACCGUGGACAGAAAUCAUCAGGAGCCCUGACAGCUCUUUCGGAAAACACUGCAGGUUCAAAAACGGAAGAUGUGAGACUGCAUCUGCAAACGUGUGAGGAAGGCAAGUCAUUGUCAAACACUCAGCUGUCCCAAGAUAAAAGACAUCAGGAAAUCUGGUCUGUCCUUGAAAGCAUUUGGAAUACAAUAAACCUGUACAGUACUGAAAUUUUCCAGAAGCUGGAUCACAAUAUCACCACCACCACCACCACCACCACUGCAAAAAUAUCUUCAUUUGAAGAAGCUUUUUUAGGCCUACAGAAACUGAUGGCAGCUGUGAAUAAUAUUCUUGCAGGGAUUCGUAGAGUUUUGACCCCCAACAGUAGUUUUCAAGACAUUUGGAUGCUCUAUAACUUCCUAAUCAGUAAUGAGAUAAAUGCCAGCAUAAAAUUUACUGCUGAGGAACUCUAUGAGUGUGUUUCACAGGAAGUUUAUAGAGAGAGGUUAACAGUUGGAUGUUGCCAGCUGGCACAGCUGGAAUACACUAUUACACAGUGCAAUGCAUCUGUCCAUAUGGAGGCCAAAAAUAGGGGCUGGUUAUGAUACUACAGUCAACUUCAGGUUUUGAUCUACACUGUUCUCCCCUUGAGCUUCCCCCUCCUUAAAUUGUACUCUUUUAAAAAAAUAAAAUAAAAUAAAAUGGGGAACUUUGUCAGGAGAGCAACCACAAUCUAGUCCAGUUUUUCUCAGUGCUGUUUAACUUACACUUGAAUCUACUUCCUGAAUUAUUUUUCCCCCAUUCAGCUAGCACCAGGAAUCCACCAGCAGCAUUAAUUGUUGGCAUUUGCAUUAAAUCUCAUCUUCCAGAGAUGAGCACAAUCCUAGAUGUUGCCACUAGGAUACUUAGCAUAUAUCUGUUUGGACUACUUUUAAAGUGCAAAAAAUAAAUAGCCAGUGUUUUUGUAUAGAAGACUACCCUGUAAACACUUCCCUUCUGACAACCAAAAAGCAAGAAAACAAAGUGUGGUGUAAAAUUUAAGAGAUUCAAAUACCUUUAAGUCCAAGCCAGAGGAGAGAAUUUUUUUUUGGUCUGCCUAAAAGAUGACAGGUGAAAAAUAGUUUAAAAGUUCUGCCCUCCUCCAGUUCAAUGAUCAAGUUAACCCUUUCCUGUAUGUACUGGUCUGAUUGGUUCUGAGAAUUUCCUAUCCUUAAUUUAAGCAAAGGUGGUGCAGGUGAGAUCUUAGUGUUUCCUAAAAGGUAUGUGAGUUAAACAGGUACUAACAAGUAAAACUGCCUAAAAAUUGCUUCCUGUCUAAAUUAACUGGUUUUAUUUACCCAUCAGUGAGUUAGUAAUUCUAUUUGUCCUUUCCUUUACAGUAGAAAUUUGGGUGGUUUUCACCUAGAAGUCAUCUUAAAAAAAACCCCAAACCAAAACACACCUACCUUUUCAACCUCUCUCUCUCUAUAUAUAUAUAUAGAAAGGAACUUCUUUUCUACUGCAGGGCACUGUCAAAUGAUUUCCCUUGCUGCUGUUCAAGUUGCACAUGUUGCUGUUGGAAUGUAAUUAUAACUUGUUUCUUGAAACUGACUUAACAGCUAUUUACAAUACUUCUGGCCUUUAAUACUACCUGUCUAUUUGCUUGUACAGAGACCAGACAUACUUGUAAAACUGUAUCACUGAUUUUUUUUUAAAUAUAUUCUUGACUUGUAACAGCUUUACUGGAAGUGUAACUAAUUGAAGUUUAAUUCCUUAAUAAAUUGUGCUAUUUUGAACAGUC